CUCUUGAGACAGAAUGGCGGGGGGAGAGUCAGGACGCGCCUUUGAAUACACACCCACUUGGGUCGUGGCUGUUGUCUGUUUCGUCAUUGUUUCAAUCUCAUUCAUCGCUGAGCGUGCUCUUCAUAAACUCGGCAGGUUCUUCAAGCACCAAAACCAGGAACCGAUGCUUGAGUCACUGCAGAAGCUCAAGGAAGAGCUGAUGCUUCUGGGGUUCAUAUCAUUAUUGCUGACGGUGUUUCAAGGUCCGAUAAGCAAGAUAUGCAUGCCCCAACAUCUCUCCGAUAUCAUGCUUCCUUGCAAAAUGGCACCGGAAAAACAAGAAAACUCCCAUUUUUCUAUUCAUCAAAGGAGGCUUUUGGCUCAAGAAUCCACUCCCAACUGUCCAAAGGGACAAACCCAAUUUCUGUCAUUAGAAGCUUUGCAUCAGCUCCACAUUUUCAUAUUUGUUAUGGCCGUCGUUUAUGUGUUUUUCUGUGCCACAACUAUGGCUCUCGGAGGAAUCAAGAUAAGGCAAUGGAGACAUUGGGAGCUUUCAAUCAGGAAUGAAGCAACACGGCGCCAUAGAGUUCAUGGUCAUGCACGAGCUCAGUUCGAAGGGUUCAUGGAACGAGCAGGCAACUAUUGGAGAAAAUUUACUAUUAUUAGUUGGGUGGUUGCCUUCUUCAAACAGUUUUAUGGCUCAGUCACAAAGUCGGACUACAUAGCACUGCGCUCUGGUUUUAUACGUGAGCAUUGUCCAAACAACCAAAAUUAUGAUUUCCACAAGUAUAUGCUCAGGACAUUGGAAAAGGAUUUCAAGAAAAUAAUUGGAAUCAGUUGGUAUUUAUGGCUGUUUGUGGUCAUCUUUUUGCUUCUCAACAUAGCAGGCUGGCAUGCAUAUUUUUGGAUGUCAUUUUUGCCUCUUGCACUUCUGCUAAUAGUUGGAGCAAAACUGGAGCACAUAAUAAGUGAACUAGCCAAGGAUGCUGCUGAGAGUCAUCAUGGUGAAGUAACAGUGAGGCUUUCCGACGAACUGUUUUGGUUCCACAGCCCCGACCUCGUCCUCUACUUGAUCCAUUUCAUUCUCUUCCAAAACUCCUUCGAAAUCGCCUUCUUCCUUUGGAUCUGGACCACAUAUGGAUUCAAUUCUUGCAUCAUGGAGGGGUUGGAUUACAUCAUUCCAAGGCUCGUUAUCGGGGUUAUUGUGCAAAUUCUAUGCAGCUACAGCACUUUACCUUUAUAUGCUUUAGUCUCACAGAUGGGGAGCAAGUUCAAGCAGACGCUUUUCAACGAGUUCCUACAAGAUAUUCUUAAGGGUUGGGCCAAAGACAGUAAUUCGGGAGUGAAUGCGAGUGCGGAUAGACUUGCAAUCGACAUUACGAAUCCUGUUAGCCUUUCUCAACAACCGGCCUGUGAUAGGUGGAGCAGAGCAUCUCGUAUCGAACUGCCUCCUUCGCGCCAUCCUCAUAUCUGAUUUUCAUUCUUCAGAUUGUUGGCAUGCAUGAGGUCAUGAUGUAGAGUUUCUUUCAAGGCGCUAUUGGAGUAUGUUUUCCAAUGGAGUUUGAAGUUAAAAAACAAUGAUCAUAUAGUUGGAAAAUAGUAUACUUAGUGUUGGGUUUGCUCAUUAUCGAAAAAUGACUUCAAUUUUGAUGUCAACAAACACUAUUUUAACUACUACUUAUUGUAAAUGUUUCCAACGGAAUAUAAAGAUAAAUAACAAUGAUAUGUAUAAAAAACAAUGAUUUUUCACUCAAGAAUC